UCGGCUCGCUGUUCCUCCCAGACAUGAGAGCGGCUGCCGGCGGGUUCCUGGUGCUGCCGUGGCCCGGCGGCGGCGAGCCGGAGGCGGACAGCCCGGCGGAGCGGAGCGGGCUGCUGCUGCGGGGCGGAGCGGCGCUGGGAGUCACGCUGCUUUGCCUGGUGUUGCUGAGGCGAUGGAUCGCAGGUGGAGUGUGUCGCUGUCCGGUGCGUCUGGACGGGAAAACAGUUCUGAUCACCGGAGCAAACACCGGCAUCGGGAAGGAGACGAGCCGGGACCUGGCCCGCAGAGGGGCCCGGGUGGUGAUGGCGUGCCGGGACCUGACCCGGGCGGAGCGGGCGGCCGAGGAGAUCCGGCGGUCGACAGGAAAUGGGAACGUGGUGAUCCGACACCUGGACCUCGCCUCGCUCUACUCCGUCCGCCAGUUCGCCAAAGACUUUCUGGCCAGCGAGGAGCGACUGGACAUCCUCAUCAACAACGCAGGAGUGAUGAUGUGUCCCAGGUGGAUGACAGAAGACGGCUUUGAGACUCAGCUGGCUGUCAAUCACCUGGGCCACUUCCUGCUGACCAAUCUGCUGCUGCCGAAGCUGAAGAGCUCCGCCCCCAGCCGCGUGGUCACCGUGUCGUCCAUCGCCCACCGAGGAGGACAAAUCGACUUUGACGACCUGUUCUUCAGCAGGAGGCCCUACAGCGCCCUGACUAGCUACAGACAGAGCAAGCUGGCUAACGUGCUGUUCUCCAGAGAGCUGGCCCACAGGCUGAAAGGCUCAGGGGUGUCGUCGUUCAGCCUGCACCCCGGGGUGAUCAGGACGGAGCUGGGCCGCCACGUGCACAGCUGGUUCCCCCUGCUGGGGGCGCUGCUGAGCGCUCCCUCCCUGCUGCUGAUGAAGACCCCGACACAGGGCUGCCAGACCAGCGUGUACUGCGCCGUGACGCCCGGCCUGCAGGAGCGCUCCGGCUGCUACUUCAGUGACUGUGAGGAGAAGGACGUGGCUCCAGAAGGGCAGGAUGACGUCGUGGCCAUGAAGCUGUGGGAGGUCAGCGCGCGAUUGGUCGGACUGACAGACGCAGACUGACCUCUGACCCCUGACCCUGGGCGGCCAUGUUGGAUGUUUCUGCUGCACAAGAUGUAUGAACUACCAGGCAGACGGCAGCAGCUUCUCUGAGCGUGUGUGUGUGUGUGAGCGCGCGUGCGUGCGUGCGUGUGUGUCGAGGUUGACAUGACCUGGCAAAAAAGCAACAAACCAGACAGAAGGAUUUCCCUAUGCAUCAUUAUUAUUAUUAUUGUUGUUGUUGUCAUCAUCAUCAUUAUUAUUAUUCUUAUUAUCAUUAUUAAUAUUAUUGCUGCUGAAAGUUGUUGAACAGUGGUAGAGAAGAGGCAUCAUUGUGUUGGUUUGUGUUAAUCAAACGUAGUUCAAAUGAAAAUUAUUGGUUCUCACCAUAAUCAGUAUUCAGAUGACUCUGUGAUCUGUGUGUUACCAUGGAAACAGAAAGUCAGUUUCCAUGAUCAGGUCAAAGGGAAUGAAGAGAAAGCCGGUUAGCACAGGUGGAUUUCUGCCGGAGAAACCAGAUCACUGUCACCAUGGAAACUCAUGUGUGCUGCGGCUCCUGAGUCAUCAGGGUGAAGUGACAUGGAGACACGUCGCCUGGUUUCCUGCCAGAACCCGGUUACUCAUAAUAAUAUGGCUUCUGGUUGCCAUGGAAACAUAGUGAUAAUGUAUUCAGCUGAUUUUUGUUUGGAGUCCAUUUAUCAUUUCUAGCUAAAAGAGUAAUGCUUGCUCUGAUCCUGCAGUUUGCAUUAAUUCUGUUUGUGUGUACAUAUAUAUAUAUAUAUAUAUAUAUAUAUAUAU